AUGUUCGUUGAAUCCGCCUCGAUUGAAGACUUCUCGGUUGUUGCUGUCGAAAUCUCUGAAGAGAUUGGAAUGGAGUAUAUUUGCGAGCUUGCCGGGCGAUCCCCCACAGAACUUGCAGCAGAUGUUGCGGUAAAAACUUCGUCGGAGCUCCAAUCGGUUGCCAGAGCGAUUUGCAACGCACUUGCUCAGGACUCACCUAAAGGUUUCGACUUCGAUUUCCCGUUGAAUAGUCACCACGGCGAAAAGAAAAAGGCAUACGAUCGUAAUGUUGGCGUUCUUCGAAAGGCGAUUCGUCAUCUUCCUGAAGAUGGAGCUCUAAGAAAAGUUGCCGAGAUUUGUAACGAAACAUUGCCAUCCCUCGAUGAAGAAGAGAAAUUGUUCUCUCAACUCGAUGAAGUUGUUAUUUCUCAGCCGACUUCUUCAUAUUCACAAGAGCUGCCAAAAGAAAAACCUGCUUCUGUCAUCAACCGAAUCGAUCUGAAAGAAAGCUGCUUGCUUUUGAGCACCGAGAAGAAUAUUUCACCUGCUGUCAUUAACGAAGUCAUUGAUGAAAUUUGCGAGAACAUCCCUGAUGCAAACAUUGAGCCAUUUACGGACCGAUCUCUGCGAAAUCAUCUUCCGCUUGUCCAGCCACUUCAACAUCAACAAGAAAUCGUCUUUAUUGAAGAUGCAACAAGUUUGUCGAUUGGCCUGGAUAGCACAACCAUCAGUGGGAACGAGUACAGCACAUUAACGAUCUUGUCAAGUGACGGUGACUCGCUUUUUUGGGAUAUCAAGAAGGUUGCUGACCAUUCUGGCGCUACAGAGCAGUUCACCUCGAAGAUGAAAGAAUAUCCUGAAGCUAUCCAACGACUGAUCGCUGAAAAAACUCAAAGCCUUCACAGCGACAGGGCUCCAGCUGCAGUGAAAAGUGUGGAGAUUAUCAGAAAAUCCCUUGACGAAGUCUUCGCUCGAGAUCGCGUUCACGUCCCUUGCAGCAUGCACAUCCCCUUGAACUGCGAAAAGGGUCUUCGAGCUUCGUUACCAAAGGAUAUCCUCGAACAAGUGUCCCUUCUGGAGAAAGUUUUAUCAUCUCAUCGACUUCACCAAACUAAAUCCUCCAGAGGAGCAGCCUUUUUGACAUUCUUAAAAGCGAAAACGAUGGAAUCCGACGAUGUUCUUCCUGAAUCUCUUUCACUUUACUCAAAUGUGAGAUUUUCUGUCUUUGCGAAGAACCUCGAGAACGUCCUGAUCAAUCUGCCUUAUGUUGAAGAGUUCUUGUCACGAGAAGGCCACAAAACAAGUUCCAAGUUCAUUGCGGACAACAAACAGAGGUUCCAGGUCGAACUUCUCGCGGCGAUUUACGUCUACAAAAACAUCGUUGCUCCUUGGUGGGACAAAGUUCGAGCAAAAUGCGAUGUUACCUUUUACGAGACGCUAAAAGAAGAGCUUGACCUCACUUUCGACGGAAUCGUCAGUGCUGCUAGUCCAUUCAUCGCAGUGAGGAGCAAGAACAAGAAUCUCAUGUUGCAGGAUGAAACAGAAUCCGUUUUAUUCAAGGCAGUCGCUGAAUCCAUCCAGCAGAAGAACUUCAAAGAAGUAAAUGACGCGAUCAAGUCAAAGGCAGAAAUUGUGAAAAAUGUGUUCCAUAGAUUCCGGAUUCAAGACGACACGACUCCUCUCAUCGGUGAAGUUACAUGGACGAAUCAACUUGCCGAAAUGUCGAUGGGUGCUCUUAAGCGGAUUUAUGGCUAUCGAUUCAAUCUUGACCCUGAAAAUCUCGCUCUUGCUGGCAAGUCAAAGUACAACCGACCGAUUUCUUUCUGGCGUGAACGCGAUGCCUCCAAAAUCCAGCAAGCUUUCAAACGCGGGACGCUCAAACGGCUCACAGAUGCUCGCAAACGACGCAAAGAAUCUGCGGAUGCAGCCGAUAUUGAAGCCAAGAUCAAACGGCAGAAAGAGUACAAGAAGGAACAAGAGCGAGAAACAAAACUCCUUGCAGUGAUUUACGAUUACAUCCCAAUGAAUCUCGAUUCGGAUCACUUCAAAGCAAUGAAAAAAUCGUUUGAUCGAAAAGCACAAGACAAGACCAUAGCGAAAGAAUUCCGUGCUCUGUGCGUUCAGAAAAUGCGUGAAUGCUUCGACUUACCACAGAAUCAACAAGCCGGGGAAUGGGAAGACAAAAAUCCUUCGAGUAAAGAGAUUGAUGCUUACAAUGCUUACCUGCUGAUCUUUAGAAAAUAA